AUGCCGCUGGAGGAGGGACUGCGGAGGGCCGUGCAGGAAUGGCGGCGCUUGAGCAACCUUGACCGGAUGAUCUACUACGAGAGGGCGGAAAAGAUGGAGGCGCUGGUGGGGCCCGUCCACUCAGGCAGAGGCAAGUCACAUGCAGAAUGUGGAAAGGACGGAAAUGAGCCGAAGCAGGAAGAGGACGACACCUACAUGGACCCGUGUCUCUUGAGCUACAUGGACAAGCAGCGUUCCCGGGAAGACUCUGUCACCAAGCCAGCUGCCCAGCUGGCCCCUAUCAUUCGCCCAGUGAACUCUGGGCCAUGGCCACAUGGCACUUCCAGGGAGGGCCGCCUGGCCACCAACCAGCCCAACGCCUCGCAGGAUGGCUCCUCUAACCCCCAGAGAGAGUACAGUAACUGCCGACGUUGGCAGCGCUUCAAGCCCCUGGCCCGGAGACACUUUCGCCUGAGUCCUGAUGCAGAAGCUUUUUCCUGCUUUCUCAUCCCAGUGCUUCGAUUCGUGACCCGCCUGAAUCCCACCAUGCCGCUGGAGGAGGGACUGCGGAGGGCCGUGCAGGAAUGGCGGCGCUUGAGCAACCUUGACCGGAUGAUCUACUACGAGAGGGCGGAAAAGUUCAUGGAAUUUGCGGCCGAGGAGGAGAUACACAUUCAGAAUUUGCAGUGCAUGCAGUGCGCGCAGGACCUGCCUCCUCCAGCCCCACCGAAGCUGGAUCCUCGGGGGCCCCCAGCCCCGCUGGUGCCGAAACGACUCCUGGACUUGAAAGAGGACGAGGGUGGGCCGGCAGCCCCGAGCCACAGUGCACCCGGAAUGGGCUCAAGUCCUUCUGAGUCCCACGCUGGCCAAGGUGCUCAGAGGCACGACCAAGACCGCCAUCUAAGGGAGAUUCCCCCUGAGACUGUGAGGGAGUAUGUGGACAGGAUGGAGGCGCUGGUGGGGCCCGUCCACUCAGGCAGAGGCAAGUCACAUGCAGAAUGUGGAAAGGACGGAAAUGAGCCGAAGCAGGAAGAGGACGACACCUACAUGGACCCGUGUCUCUUGAGCUACAUGGACAAGCAGCGUUCCCGGGAAGACUCUGUCACCAAGGUGGAGGCAGUCAUUCACCCUCGAUUCCUGGCAGAAUUGUUUUCCCCAGACCCACAGCUGGAUCUCGUGGCCCUUGCUGAGGAGCUGAAGCAGGAGGAAGGACUCACCCCUGAAGAACUGGUGCAGAAACGACUCCUGGACUUGAAAGAGGACGAGGGUGGGCCGGCAGCCCCGAGCCACAGUGCACCCGGAAUGGGCUCAAGUCCUUCUGAGUCCCACGCUGGCCAAGGUGCUCAGAGGCACGACCAAGACCGCCAUCUAGGGAGAGAGUACAGUAACUGCCGACGUUGGCAGCGCUUCAAGCCCCUGGCCCGGAGACACUUUCGCCUGAGUCCGGAUGCAGAAGCUUUUUCCUGCUUUCACAUGUGA